AUGCGCCCGUCGCUAGCAAAUCGUCUCGUGCGCACUCCCACUCGCAAUGCCGCCGCUGCCGCCGUCGCCGUGACAGCUGCUCCUCCAGCAGCAGCCGCGCUCUGUCACGGCAAGCUUGAUACUCAUCCUAUCGCCAAUACCUCUACUCCGUCCAAGUCCAGUCUAAGCAAUGUCUGGUUCAGCAGUUCUGCGCCAUAUUCGCUGCCUGACAGCGCUCCUGGGGACGACCAUAAGCCACCGGAUGAACGCACCUUGAAGCUAGGCAAGAGUAUGUUCAUUCUCGAAUACCAGUCCCUACCACAAACACGAGCUAACGGAAUGUUGCGACAGCUNGUCCGCAUACUCCACGAACACCUUCCUACCCUGCUUGCAUCGCCGCUGCCACAAGAGAUACUCUCGCCGCAGAUCUCACUUCACCUAUUCCCCUCGACACACCCACAUCUUCCGACCGUUUCUGGAAGAAUCGCCUACCUCGCUGCUUUGUGGACGGCACCUGUAGCUUGGGGACGAGUACCUGUAGUGGGCAACGUCAAGCUCACAGUCAUCUCGGAACGUAUGGUCCGGCACGGCGGCAACAACGCGAGCUCGGCAUUCCGUGAUGAGAAGCUCAUAGUCAAGUGGAAGACAUGUGGAAAGGCUAGGAAGAAGAACUCUGCUGGCAUCUACCGUGGUAUUGGAGCCAAUGAGCAAGUGGAAAGAAUUACCGACGUUCUCGGCGGCAAGGCAAGAGACGACGAGGAGUUUUGCGGUCUCUUCAUCUUUGAGUUUGAUGAAGAAGGUCGAAUCGUCAAACACACGAUUGAACAUGCCGAUGAAGGAUCUGGCUCAGAACGUACCAACAGAGUGGUCAGCGUGACGGACUGGCUACUCGGCAAGGUCAACGGACACAGAGAAGAACAUGUCCCCAGCCUUGCCUGGUGUAAAAACAGCCAGAUUAGAAGGGCCUUCCAAGGGCGCCGCAAGCGAGAGUGA